AUGAAUUGGCUCACGUUCCCAAACCAGUCUUUUUGGAGAGUCAAAGUUGGAAGCAUAGACCCCAUGGCUCCUCAAGAAGAAGUGCUCACUAUUUCUGAGGAAGCCAUUGUGUGGCCCAACAGGUUCAACCAGGCACAGCCUCUUUCUCUUUGUAAUGACAAUUGCCCCUUGGGUUAUCGUAAGGCAAAGAAGGAAGGGAUGCCAUUUUGCUGCUAUGAUUGCCUUCCAUGUCCAGAAGGGAAGAUUUCCAACCAAACAGACAUGGACGACUGCUUUCCAUGUCCACUAGAUCAUUAUCCAAACCUAGAACAGGAUUCAUGCCUUCCAAAAUGCCUCAGUUUCUUGUCUUAUACAGAGCCUUUGGGGAUCAGUCUGGCCACUUUUGCUCUUUCGUUUUCCUUCAUCACAGCUUUGGUGCUUUGCAUCUUCAUUAGGCACCGGGAGACUCCCAUAGUCAAAGCCAACAACCGGAACCUCACCUUCUCUCUCCUCAUUUCCAUCUCCCUCUCCUUCCUUUGCUCACUGCUCUUCAUCGGCCAGCCUGACAAAGUGACCUGUCUCCUUCGGCAAACUGCUUUUGGCAUCAUCUUCACAGUGGCAGUUUCUUGUGUGCUGGCCAAGACAAUCAUCGUGGUUCUUGCUUUCACGGUCACCAAACCCACAAGGAAAUGGGUGGGGAAAAGACAGGCUAUCUCCAUCGUUUCUUCCUGCUCCCUUCUUCAAGCCACGAUUUGUAGCAUAUGGCUGGCAACUUAUCCCCCAUUCCCAGAUUUAGACCUGCACGCAAUGGCUAAAAACAUCGUUCUGGAAUGUAACGAUGGCUCAGUCACCAUGUUCUACUGUGUCUUAGGCUACAUGGGCAUACUAGCUACUGUCAGCUUCACUGUAGCUUUCUUCGCCAGGAAGUUGCCUGACAGUUUUAAUGAAGCCAAAUUCAUCACUUUCAGCAUGCUGGUCUUUUGUAGUGUUUGGCUGUCCUUCGUUCCCACCUAUCUGAGCACAAAAGGGAAAUACAUGGUGGCUGUGGAGAUCUUCUCCAUCGUAGCUUCCAGUGCAGGCUUACUGGGGUGUAUAUUCUUCCCAAAAUGCUACAUUAUUGUGGUGAGGCCUGAACUGAACAACAAGCAGCAGCUGAGAAGAAGAAAGCAUUGA